CAAAGUGCCGUGUCAUCCGCGGGGAAGCGGCGGCAGGAGCGUAGGGUUACAGCUUCGCCAGUCCCGGAGGGCUGCGGGGGUGGGGAAUGAAUCCAAGCCCGCUCUUGCAACGCCCUCGGAGCAAGGCUAAGGCAGUCAGGGGCGGGGACCGAGCCUAACUGAGCCACCGGCCGACCUGUGCCCCUUAAGGGAGCCGGAGAUCCGAACCAGCCUUCUGGCGAGGGCGCCUGCGGGCCUCUCCGGGUCUGCGUCGCGAUGCUGCGCGUUUUCAUCCUCUACGCCGAGAACGUCCACACCCAGGACACAGACAUCAGCGAUGCCUACUGCUCCGCAGUGUUUGCAGGGGUGAAGAAGAGAACCAAAGUCAUCAAGAACAGCGUGAACCCUGUGUGGAAUGAGGGCUUUGAGUGGGACCUCAAGGGUGUUCCUCUGGACCAGAGCUCUGAGCUUCAUGUGGUGGUUAAGGACCAUGAGACGAUGGGACGGAACAGGUUCCUGGGGGAAGCCAAGGUCCCACUCCGUGAGGUCAUCGCCACCCCCAGCCUAUCUGCCAGCUUCAACGCCCCCUUGCUGGACACCAAGCAACAUCCCACUGGGGCCUCUCUGGUUCUGCAGGUGUCCUACACGCCACCCCCUGGAGCUGUGCCCCUGCUCCCGCCACCUGCUUCUCUAGCCCCUUCCCCCACACUGCCUGACAUGGACUUAGUGGCUGGUGGGGGACAGAAUCGGGCCGAGACUUGGUCCCUGCUCAGUGAUAGCACUGUGGAUACAAGAUACUCUGGAAAGAAGUGGCCCAUCCCCACGGACACAGGAGGUGAGGAAGACACUGAGGAUCAGGGGCCUACUGAAGAUGAGGCCGAGCCGUUCUUGGAUCAGAGUGCAGCUGGAGGCCCCAGAGCACCGACCACCCCAAAGAAGCCACCUUCCCACCCUCCACCCUACCACCCUGGCAGAAAAAGAAAGAGAAGUGGAGCCCCACCCAAAAAGCUGCUGCCUGACAAGCCACAGGACUUCCAGAUCAGAGUUCAGGUGAUCGAGGGGCGCCAGCUGCUGGGGAUGAACAUCAAGCCUGUGGUCAAGGUCACAGCUGCUGGGCAGACCAAGCGGACGCGGAUCCAGAAAGGAAACAGUCCUGUCUUCAAUGAGACUCUUUUCUUCAACAUGUUUGACUCUCCCGCAGAGCUGUUCGAUGAACCCAUUUUCAUCACGGUGGUCGACUCCUGUUCCCUCAGGACAGAUGCUUUCCUUGGAGAGUUCCGGAUGGACGUGGGCACUGUGUAUCGUGAGCCCCGUCAUGCUUUUCUCAGGAAGUGGCUGCUGCUGUGUGACCCUGAUGACUUCUCUGCUGGGGCCAGAGGCUACCUGAAAGCCAGCCUGUGUGUGCUGGGUCCUGGAGACGAAGCUCCCCUGGACAAGAGAGACCCCUCAGAAGACAAGGAAGAUAUUGAAGGCAACCUGCUCAGGCCUACAGGGGUAGCCCUUCGUGGAGCCCACUUCUGUCUGAAACUCUUCAGAGCGGAGGACUUACCACAGAUGGACGAUGCUGUGGUGGACAGUGUCAAGCAGGUCUUUGGCUUUGACAGCAACAAGAAGAACUUGGUGGACCCCUUCGUGGAAGUCAGCUUUGCUGGGAAAAUGCUCUGCAGCAAGAUCCUGGAGAAGACAGCCAACCCACAGUGGAACCAGAAUAUUACUCUGCCUGCUAUGUUUCCCUCCAUGUGUGAAAACAUUCGGAUUCGUGUCAUGGACUGGGACCGCCUCACUCACAAUGACAUCGUGGCCACUGCCCACCUGGGGAUGUCGAAAAUCUCUGCCCCUGGAGGAGAAAUAGAAGAGGACUCUGCAGGUGUGUCCAACCCUCUGCCAGCCACAGACCUGGACGACAACCUGGGCUUUCUUCCUACCUUUGGACCCUGCUACGUCAACCUCUAUGGCAGUCCUCGGGAGUUCACUGGCUUUCCAGACCCCUAUGCAGAGCUAAACACAGGCAAGGGGGAAGGUGUUGCCUACCGAGGCCGGAUCCUGCUGUCCCUGGAGACUAGGCUGGUGGAGCACAGUGAACUGAAGGUGGAGGACCUCCCUGCAGAUGACAUCCUUCGCGUGGAGAAGUACCUCCGGAGGCGCAAGUACUCCCUCUUUGUUGCCUUCUACUCGGCCACCAUGCUGCAAGAUGUAGAUGAUGCCAUCCAGUUUGAGGUCAGCAUUGGGAACUAUGGAAACAAGUUUGACACAACCUGCCUGCCGCUGGCCUCCACUACCCAGUACAGCCGGGCUAUCUUUGAUGGGUGCCACUACUAUUACCUGCCUUGGGGCAAUGUGAAGCCUGUCGUGGUGCUGUCCUCCUACUGGGAGGACAUCAGUCAUCGGAUAGAGACUCAGAACCAGCUGCUCAGGACUGCAGGCCGGCUGGAAGCUGGCCUGGAGAAGAUCCACUUGGCCCUGAAGGCACAGUACUCCUCUGAGGACAUAGAUGCCCUGGUAGCCCAGCUGGUGGAUGAGCUUAUUGCAGACUGCAGCCAGCCCCUGGGUAAUAUCCAUGGGACACCUUCUGCCACCCACCUGGACCAGUACCUGUUUAGGCUGCGUACCCACCACCUGAGCCAGAUCAUCGAAGCUGCCCAGGCCCUCAAGCUUGGCUACAAUGAACUCCCUGCGGCCUUGGAACAGGCUGAGGACUGGCUUCUGCGUCUCCGAACCCUGGCUGAGGAGCCCCAGAACAGCCUGCCGGACAUUAUCAUCUGGAUGCUACAGGGUGACAAGCGUGUGGCCUACCAGCGUGUGCCUGCUCAUGAAGUGCUUUUCUCACGGCGGGGUGCUAACUACUGUGGCAGAAAUUGUGGAAAGCUGCAGACCAUCUUUCUGAAAUAUCCCAUGGAAGCAGUGCCUGGGACCCGCAUGCCUGUACAGAUUCGGGUCAAGCUCUGGUUCGGGCUCUCUGUGGAUGAGAAGGAGUUCAACCAGUUUGCUGAGGGGAAGCUCUCCGUGUUUGCUGAAACUUAUGAGAACCACACCAAGUUGGCACUGGUUGGGAACUGGGGCACAACAGGCCUCACCUAUCCCAAGUUUUCUGAUGUCACUGGCAAGAUCAAGCUUCCAAAAGACAGCUUCCGCCCUUCGGCUGGCUGGGCCUGGGCUGGAGACUGGUUCGUGUCUCCAGAGAAAACCCUUCUCCAUGAUGCUGAUGCUGGUCACCUGAGCUUUGUGGAGGAGGUAUUUGAGAACCAGACCCGGCUCCCUGGAGGCCAGUGGAUUUACAUGAGUGACAACUACACAGAUGUGAAUGGAGAGAAGGUGACUCCAAAGGAUGACAUUGAGUGCCCACUGGGAUGGAGGUGGGAAGAUGAAGAGUGGUCCACAGACCUCAACCGGGCUGUUGAUGAGCAAGGCUGGGAGUACAGUAUCACUAUCCCCCCUGACCGGAAGCCAAGACACUGGGUCCCUGCUGAGAAGAUGUACUACACUCACCGUCGAAGGCGCUGGGUCCGCCUGCGCAGGAGGGACCUCAGCCAGAUGGAGGCACUUCAUAAGCACAGGCAAGCAGAGGGUGAGGGCGAGGGCUGGGAGUACGCCUCUCUGUUUGGCUGGAAGUUCCACCUGGAGCACCGCAAGACUGAUGCCUUCCGCCGCCGGCGCUGGCGCCGCCGCAUGGAGCCACUGGAGAAGACGGGUCCUGCGGCUGUGUUUGCUCUCGAGGGGGCCUUGAAACCCUUCCUAACACCCCAGCAGCUGAGGACAGAGGGUGGUGUAGUGGAUGACAGAAGUGAAGAUUCCGUGGCCGUCUCUACCCUGAGCUUUGGUGUGAAUAGACCCACAAUCUCCUGCAUCUUUGACUAUGGGAACCGAUACCAUCUGCGUUGCUACCUGUACCAGGCCCGGGACCUGCCAUCUAUGGAUAAAGACUCCUUCUCUGAUCCCUAUGCCAUAGUCUCCUUCCUGCACCAGAGCCAGAAGACUGUGGUGGCCAAGAACACUCUCAACCCCACCUGGGACCAGACCCUCAUUUUCUAUGAGAUUGAGAUAUUUGGUGAGCCAGCCAACAUCUCCGAGCAGCCGCCCAGCAUUGUGGUGGAGCUAUAUGACCACGACACCUACGGUGCUGAUGAAUUUAUGGGCCGCUGCAUCUGUCAGCCAAGCCUGGAACGGAUGCCCCGGCUGGCCUGGUUUCCGCUGAUGAGGGGCUGUCAACCAGCGGGUGAGCUGCUUGCAGCUUUUGAGCUCAUCCAGAGAGGGAAGCCGGCCAUCCACCAUAUUCCUGGCUUUGAGGUGCACGAGGCAUCAAGGAUUCUGGAUGAGUCAGAGGACACAGACCUGCCCUACCCACCUCCGCAGAGGGAAGCCAACAUCUACAUGGUUCCUCAGAACAUCAAGCCGGCCCUGCAGCGCACAGCCAUUGAGAUCUUGGCCUGGGGCCUACGGAACAUGAAGAGCUAUCAGAUGGCCAGCAUCUCCUCCCCCAGCCUCAUAGUGGAGUGUGGGGGCCAAAUGGUGCAGUCUUGUGUCAUCAGGAACCUUCGUAAAAAUCCCAACUUUGACAUCUGUACCCUCUUCAUGGAAGUGAUGCUGCCCCGGGAGGAACUCUACUGUCCCCCCAUCAUGAUCAAGGUGAUUGAUAAUCGCCAGUUUGGCCGCCGACCUGUGGUGGGUCAGUGUACCAUCCGCUCUCUGGAGAGCUUCCUGUGUGAUCCCUACUCAGCUGAGAGUCCGUCCCCACAGGGCUGCCCAGAUGAUGUGAGCUUACUUAGUCCCGGAGAAGAUGUGCUCAUCAACAUUGAUGACAAGGAGCCCCUCAUUUCUGUGCAGCUUGCAGACGAGCUGGCGAGCUUGGCCGCCACUAACACGGUGUUGUCUUCAUCCAGCCGUCAUAAGACCCUCCUGGAGGAGGAGUUCAUUGAUUGGUGGAGCAAAUUCUUUGCCUCCAUAGGAGAGACGGACAAGUGUGGCUCAUACUUGGAGAAGGAUUUUGACACUCUAAAGGUCUAUGACACACAGUUGGAGAAAGUGGAAGCUUUUGAGGGCCUGUCUGAUUUUUGUAACACCUUCAAGCUCUACCGGGGAAAGACUCAAGAGGACAUGGAUGAUCCAUCUGUCAUUGGGGAGUUUAAGGGUCUCUUCAAAAUUUAUCCCCUUCCAGAAGACCCAGCUAUCCCCUUACCCCCAAGACAGUUCCACCAGCUGGCUGCCCAGGGUCCCCAGGAAUGCUUAGUCCGUAUAUACAUUGUCCGAGCAUUUGGCCUACAACCCAAAGACCCCAACGGGAAGUGUGACCCUUACAUCAAGAUCUCCAUUGGGAAGAAAUCAGUGAGUGACCAGGACAACUACAUUCCCUGUACCCUGGAGCCUGUAUUUGGAAAGAUGUUUGAGCUGACCUGCACACUGCCUUUGGAGAAGGACCUGAGAAUCAUGCUAUACGACUACGACCUCCUUUCUAAGGACGAAAAGAUCGGAGAGACAGUCAUUGACCUGGAGAACAGGCUGCUGUCCAAGUUUGGGGCUCGCUGUGGCCUUCCACAGACCUACUGUGUCUCUGGACCAAACCAGUGGAGAGACCAGCUCCGCCCCUCCCAGCUCCUCCACCUCUUCUGCCAGCAACACAGGGUCAAGUCCCCUGUGUACCAGACAGACCGUGUCAUGUUUUGGGAGAAGGAAUACACGAUAGAGGAGAUAGAGGCUGGUAGGCUCCCAAACCCACACUUGGGUCCUGUGGAGGAGCGCCUGGCCCUGCAUGUUCUUCAGCAGCAAGGCCUGGUUCCUGAGCAUGUGGAGUCGCGGCCCCUCUACAGCCCUCUGCAGCCAGACAUCGAGCAGGGGAAGCUGCAGAUGUGGAUUGACUUGUUUCCAAAGGCACUGGGCCGGCCUGGACCUCCCUUCAACAUUACCCCACGGAAAGCCAGAAGGUUUUUCCUGCGCUGUAUUAUCUGGAACACCAAAGAUGUGAUCCUGGAUGACCUCAGCCUCACAGGGGAGAAGAUGAGCGACAUCUACGUGAAAGGCUGGAUGGUGGGCUUUGAAGAACAUAAGCAGAAGACAGAUGUGCACUACCGCUCCCUGGGCGGCGAGGGAAACUUCAACUGGAGGUUUGUGUUUCCCUUUGACUACCUGCCAGCUGAGCAAGUCUGCACUGUGUCCAAGAAGGAUGCCUUUUGGAGACUGGACAAGACUGAAAGCAAAAUCCCAGCAUGUGUGGUCUUCCAGAUCUGGGACAAUGACAAGUUCUCCUUUGAUGACUUUCUAGGCGCCCUGCAGCUGGAUCUCAACCGCAUGCCCAAGCCAGCCAAGACAGCUGAGAAGUGCUCCAUGGACCAGUUGGAUGACACAUUUCAUCCAGAAGGGUUUGUUUCCCUUUUUGAGCAGAAGUCAGUGAAGGGCUGGUGGCCAUGUACAGCCGAGGAAGCUGACAAGAAGAUCCUGGCGGGAAAGCUGGAAAUGACCUUGGAGAUCGUCAGUGAGUGCGAGCAUGAGGAACGGCCUGCCGGCCAGGGUCGGGAUGAACCCAACAUGAACCCGAAGCUUGAGGAUCCAAGGCGCCCGGACACCUCCUUCCUGUGGUUUACUUCCCCGUAUAAGACCAUGAAGUUCAUCCUGUGGCGUCGUUUCCGCUGCGCUAUCAUCCUCUUCAUCACCCUCUUCAUCCUGUUGCUGUUCCUAGGUGUCUUUGUCUAUGCCUUCCCGAACUAUGCUGCCAUGAAGCUGGUGAAGCCCUUCAGCUGAGGACCACCAGCACUGGAGGGCGGGCGGCCUCCCCGCCCGUGCGGUGCUUAUGCUCCCUGAGUUGCAGACAUCGAGCCCUGGGAUUGAUUGCCUCUCUUCCUUCAUCUCUUUUCCCUCACACAUGCCCUUUUUGAAUGUCAGUAUAAAGCAGACAGAACCAAAGAA